AUGGUGGAUCUCCAACCCAGUGGAGAGGGCAAAUUUGAUGCUUCGGGCCUAUCAAAACGUGCCAAGUUCGGUAACCAAGCAGACAGCAAAUCAGAUAGCAAAUCAGAUGGGACGGAGACGUCAAAACUCCAGGCUGUGGGUGAGAUACCGCAUGAAUCUAACAGUGACAUCCACCUACCACUCAGUCAGAUCCAUUUGAAAAGCCAUGAAUGGUUUGGAGAUUUUAUUACCAAGCAUGAAGUACCAAGGAAGACGCUGCAUUCUUCCAUCGGAUUUGUUACGCUCUAUUUAUAUACCACGGGGGCAGACUACCGGAAGGUAAAGCUGCCCUUGAUUGUGGCGUUUGGCAUUAUCUUUUUCCUAGAUAUAGUGCGCUUGAGGUGGCCGUUUUUCAAUAAAUUGUACUGUAGGUGUGUUGGCGCACUCAUGCGGAAACGUGAAAUUCAUGCGUACAAUGGUGUUCUGUGGUAUUUGCUGGGAUUAAUCUUUGCAUUUAGCUUCUUCCCGAAAGACGUGGCUCUUAUCUCCCUAUUCCUACUGAGUUGGAGCGAUACCGCAGCAUCGACGUUUGGACGCAAGUUUGGACAUCUAACCCCAAAGCUAGCUAGAAAUAAGUCCCUAGCAGGCUCUAUUGCUGCAUUUCUAGUCGGAUUCUCCGUGUGCUACAUGUUUUACGGCGUCUUUGUGCCGGGUUAUGCUCAUGUGAACUCCCCCGGCGAAAUCAGCUGGUCUGCAGAGACAAGCAAAUUGUCUCUUUUCCACUUCUCGCUGCUGAGCGGUGUCUUAGCAGCUUUCAGUGAAGGAAUCGACCUUUUCAACUGGGACGACAAUUUCACCAUUCCUGCAUUAUCAGCUAUAUUCAUCAACACCGCUAUUCUCCUUACCAAGAGGGCUUAG